AUGCCGUCGGUGGAGGUGGCGGUAACGGUGGCGGCGGCGGUGUCCAGAUUAGUAAAAGUUUUUAGCCAAACCUUCAGACAGAAUCCAGUUGAAUCCACUCCAACCAGCACCUUCAGACAGUGUCCGACUGAAUCCACUCCAACCAGCACCUUCAGACAGAGUCCAGCUGAAUCCACUCCAACCAGCACCUUCAGACAGAGUCCAGCUGAAUCCACUCCAACCAGCUCCAUCAGACGGUGUCCGGUUGAGUCCCCUCCAACCAGCACCUUCAGACAGUGUUCAGCUGAAUUCACUCCAACCAGCACCUUCAGACAGAGCCCAGCUGAAUCCGCUGCAACCAGCACCUUCAUACAGCUGAAAUCCGCUGAAUACAAAACCUGUUCUAAUUACAACAUGUGUUGCUGA